AUGGCAACCCAGUCCACACAGGAACGACAAGCUGAUGCCGCAGCUGUCAACGCCCAGCUUGACUUCCGUUCCUUUAUAGACCUCCUCCGUCAGGAUGGCGACCUGGCCGAGAUCAACCAGGAGGUUGAUCCGCAUCUCGAGAUCGGAGCUAUCGUCAGGCGCGUGAGCGAAACCAACAACAAGGCACCUCUCUUUACCAACGUUAAAGGCUCCAAGAACGGGCUCUGGAGGGUCUUCGGCAACGCGGCGAGUCUACGAGGUCACGGCAAGGACAGGUUUGGGCGGGUCGCCCGGAACUUGGGCCUGCCCAGAGACGCAUCGUGGCAGGAGAUUUGCGCCAGGACACAAGCUGCCAAGCUCUGCAGCCCGCUUCCACCGAACGUCCUGACGACAGGACCGUGCAAGGAGAACAAGAUUCUGGAUCCGAAGCUGAUUGACCUCCACGCGCUGCCGGCUCCACUACUCCACCAGGAAGACGGUGGCAAGUAUAUCCAGACCUACGGCGUUCAUAUCCUGCAGACACCAGACAAGACAUGGACCAACUGGUCCAUAUUCCGAGGCAUGAUACACGACAAAAAUCACAUUGUAGCGCAGGUGAACCCUAGGCAGCACAACUAUGUCGUUCGCGAGAAGUGGCGCGCGCUGGGCAAGACCGAGGUUCCGUGGGCGCUUGCGUUCGGAAUCCCCCCAGCCGCAACUAUAGCUGCGGCUAUGCCUAUCCCCGAGGGUGUGUCGGAAGGAGAAUACGUGGGAGCGCUUGUUGGAAAGCCUCUGGACGUCGUCAAGUGUGAGCUGAGCGACUUGAUGGUGCCCGCGAACAGCGAGAUCGUCAUGGAAGGCUUCAUGUCUCUGAACGAGAAGGCUGCUGAGGGCCCUUUUGGAGACUACCUCGGCUACGCAUUUGACGAUGACCGUCGCCAGAUGCCACUAUUCCGAGUUGAAGCUAUCACCUAUAGAAACAACCCUAUCUUUCCGGUUUCCGUUCCCGGACGAAUUACUGACGAGUCUCACACAACUGCGGCCCUGGCAGCAGCCGAGAUACUCACCUUCUGCAAAGCUCACAACCUCCCCAUCAGGGAUGCAUACGCACCCUUGGAGACCAUGGCCACCUGGUGUGCCCUGCAAGUCGAUGGUCCAAAGCUGCGAGCUCUCCAGACCACGUCGAGGGACUUUUGCACACAGUUAGGCAAUCUCUUGUUUUCUCAAAAGUGCUCCAUGCUCGUCAAUCGGUUCCUCCUUGUCGGUGAGGACGUGGACAUUUACAAUUAUACGGAGCUGACCUGGGCGUUCGUGACCCGCUGUCGCCCAGUACGGGACGACUACGCCUUUGACGACGCGCCCGCCCUGCCACUAACGCCUUAUCAAUCUCACGGGGGUGGCGAUCCGACGCGGGGUGGAAAGACCAUUUCGGAUUGCCUUUUUCCUAUGGAGUAUCGAGAUGGCCCGAACUUCCUUAAGGUCGACUUUGACACUUCGUACCCUCCUGAAGUCAAGGAAAAGGUGCUGCGGAAUUGGGAAGCCUUCGGGUUCGACGGAUGA